GACGGCUAUUGACAGUUGUGCGUUACUAUUGACAGUUGCGUGGCCGGGGGUUGGCGGGCGGUUCCUCGCGCGUGGGGUACGCUUUUUUUCAAUUUUAUAGAGAAUCUCGGAUGCGUCUCGCGACCCGUCUGCCCGUAAUGCCGGGGCUCGGCAAGCCCGCGCGAACAUUCGCGAACACGACGAAGUUGUGAGGUUGUGACUCGUGAGACACGGCUGACCUAACAGCACCUAACAGACGUACACGUCUGUGCUUCGAUCGCCACGAUCGGGCAUGGGCGAGAGUCUGGAGCCUUUUGGGGACGAAACGGAUUUCGCCGCCGUGGAACACGACCGGGUCAACUCACCCACGAGGCACGACGCCCGUCUGCUCGAAGGAAUGACAAUGCAGGAUAAUAUUUCGCAAGUACGAAGUGACCGUUGUGAGAGCAACAUGUUUGAAAGCAAAAGCGACUCGGCGUUAUCAAGGAGGAAUGGUAGGGAGAUAAGAUCAAAUUGUUCGACGGACAACAUAAGCCUACCCAUCACUUUCGAGGAGGAUAAGUCUGUCGCCGACGUUCCCAAUACAAAACUUCAAGCUUGCCAGUUGUCCAGUAGCGAGAGUCGCCUUUCGUACGACGAUGAAUCUCUUCGCCAUUCACAUUCCCGCUGCACGAGUGCUUCGUUACCUGCGAUAGCAUCUUUGGAUUCAUAUUUAGUUAGCAAUCAAGUUAGCGCGUUUGAAAAGAAUGUACUUACACGGAGAAAUGUAGCGACAGCUUGCACCGAUGAGGAAGAGACAUUGUUCAAUCGUUUGAACGAGAUGAAAAAUCCUUUAUCUGAUUCACAGUGUUUCAUAAAUGAAAAGACUGUUAAAGCGUGUCAGAGUGAUCGAAUGGAAGAUGAAUGCGAGAAAAAUUACCUUGAAGAACGGAUUGCAGAAGGUGACGUAUCCGAAACGAAACAAUUUUGCGGAGAAACGAUAGAUUCACGAUUACGGGUAAACGAUAACGAGACUGCGAAUGAGCGAAAUCAAACCGAGGUAGAUGUGUGCAAGAAAAAUGGACCGAGUUCAACUCCGACACUAAGUAUUAAUGCGCGAGGUUCAGUAUCCCGGCCAACGUUAGCCGAUGAUAGUAAACUCGUAAAAAUGUCUCUCUUGACGAAUCCAAUGAACAUAAUGCAGUCGAACGUUCAGCUUUUAAACAAGAGCCGUAACUUUUUGAAUUUCAUCACGGAAAAGUCGACGAACAUCAUGGAAAAGGCUUUACUACCGCAGAAUUUGGCGUUGAAGUACAAUCACAUGUCGAAAUCUAUCGAAACCGAUGCCGCGGGAUUUUGUACCGAUAGCGCAUAUCCUUCGACUAACGUAACGUCUGGAUUGGAUACAGAUUCAGCGACAAGUCGGACUAAUACGACGGAUUGUACGGUAAAAAAAAGUCACGACAAGAGCGAGGAUAACUUGGAUAGUGUGAUGAAAAACGAGAAAGAGGCAAAUCCAUUUGCAUGUACGCAAGAAAACAAAACGUACGAUGAUUCUGAAGAACAGCUGUUACAUAAUAAUCUUGAGAAUGAAAUAUCAGACGAGAAGAAGUAUCACGUACUUAAAAACAAUGAUAGAUUAGAUUGCGACGUGAUCGAUGAACGAGUAAAACGCGACGUGUCGUCGGCAGAGGCGGAUGAAAAUAAAAGUUUUCUGCAGACGGACGAGUUGUAUGAUGUUCCGUAUAAAGAAGACUCGUCUGAUUUCAGUGCAUUGGCAGAUUCAAAUAUUUUAAAAUACGGCUCUUUAGAACAUCCGUUAUAUCUUGCCUUAUUAAAGGAUUAUACUAGUUUAAAAUUCGAGUAUUCAAAACUGAAGAAAAUGGAAUAUUUAAAGAAGUUAAAUCGAUCGAAUAGCUCGCUUCGAGAAACCGAGACGAGUACGGACGCGCUUAUCUUACAAGUGGAGAAUUUGGAGAAAACUGUCAAUAAAUUAACGGCCGACUUGAGCACAUCGCUGGACACGCAAGAAGCUCUGAAGAAGGAAUGUGCCGCGGUUAAUAAGGAGAAGGAAGACAUGGUCAUGAGAUAUGUAACCAGCGAAAAACAACUGAUUGAUAUACAAAGGUAUUUGUAAAAAGAAUAAUUUAGC